AUGUCGUCGGAGCUUGCUUCCGUCGAAAAUGUCGUCGGAGGUGAAACUCAAACCCCCAAUAUAGGUUUUACCUUCUAUUGCAGAGUUGCGAAGAAAUUAUUUGGCUCGACCGAACCAGUUCGUCGUGUUCUUCAAAGGUCAUUCGAACAAAUCAUGCCUGGACAAAAGAUCGAAACAGGUCACACAGACACAAUCCACGAUGUAUCCAUGGAUUAUUACGGAAAACGGAUCGCAUCCGCUUCAUCAGAUGCAACAAUCAGAAUAGCCGGUGUAACCACCGGUUCAAACUCGCACCCUCUCGCCAUUCUAACCGGUCACAACGGUCCAGUCUGGCAGGUGGCAUGGGCCCACCCCAAAUUCGGGUCAAUUCUCGCAUCAUGUUCAUAUGACGGAUCCGUAAUCGUUUGGAGAGAAGGUAACUUAAACGAAUGGACACAAGCCCACACUUUCACUGACCACAAAUCAUCCGUAAACUCAAUCGCGUGGGCCCCACACGAGCUGGGUCUUUGUUUAGCAUGCGGGUCAUCUGACGGGUCCAUCACGGUCCAAACCGUCAGGUCAGAUGGCGGUUGGGACACGUCACGGAUUGACCAAGCUCACCCAACAGGGGUGACCUCGGUCACCUGGGCGCCAUCAAUGGCGCCCGGGGCGUUAAUCGGGUCAGGUGUAUUUGACCCGGUUCAGAAGCUGGCUUCCGGUGGGUAUGAUAAUUUGGUCAAAGUGUGGAAGUUGACUGAUGGGUCAUGGAAAAUGGAUUGUUUUCCUGCCCUUCAGAUGCAUAGUGAUUUGGUGAGGGAUGUUGCUUGGGCACCUAAUUUGGGUCUUCCAAAGUCAACGAUUGCAAGUUGUUCACAGGAUGGGACUGUUGUGGUGUGGACUGUGGGGAAAGAAGGUGAGCAGUGGAAGGGUAUUGUGUUAAAUGACUUUAAGGCCCCUGUGUGGAGGGUGUCAUGGUCUCUUACUGGAAACCUGUUGGCUGUUGCUGCUGGUGAUAAUAAUGUCACUUUGUGGAAAGAAGCUGUUGAUGGAGAGUGGCAACAGGUGACGACUGUUGAAUAGAAUGUUACAUUGGGUGUAUUUUUGGAUUAUUGGGAAGGAUUUUAUGUGAUUAGGUAAUGUAACGUACGGCAGAAUUGAUGAUUAUAUUGGUUCUAAAACUUUGGUUUUUAUGAUUCGGAUUUUUAAGAUGAUGUUGUUGAUUGCUAC